GGCUUAAGCGUUUUAAAAUUACUUCUAAAUAUUUUAAUUAAAACCUUAAAGGGAUUAAAAGUUUUUGUUUAUUUUUUUUUUCUGCUUGACUUGUGCUAAAAAUAACAUGUCCUCAUACGGUAAACCACAUGACGCUUUCAAUCCAGCGGUGCAAGUUGAUAACUUUGCAAUGUCAGAUCUCGGUCAAGAGUUAAACUUUCAGAAUUUUAAAAACACGCAAAGUUCAAUGCUAUCAUGUUAUUUAGCACCAAAUCAAACCUCUCUUUAUAAUCCCAAUCAAUUUGCUGAUGAUUCAUUUAAUGAUUCCCAAUGUGGUACUGAUCUUGAAUUUGAUGAUGAACCACCUUUACUGGAGGAAUUGGAAAUAAACCCUCGACAUAUAUUUCUAAAGAUACUUGCUGUGCUUAAUCCAAUGCGUGAAGCUGAUCGAUUUGUUUUGGAAGAUACAGAUAUGGCAGGACCAUUGGUCAUUUGUUUAGCAUUAGGAUGCUUUCAUCUUCUGAGUGGCAAAGUGACAUUCUCUUAUAUUUAUGGUAUUGGAGUUAUGGGCUGCAUCGCGUUCUAUUGCCUGCUUUCGAUAAUGGCAGAGAAGUCGUUAGUGACCUUCGGUGCUGUGGUGUCAGUGCUUGGGUAUUGUUUGUUGCCCAUGGUCAUGUUGUCAGGCAUGAAUGUUUUAAUAAUCGUACAGGGUACUAUCGGCUUAAUUGUUGCUGGAAUCGUAAUUCUCUGGUGUGCUAUAUCGGCUUCAAAACUAUUUGUAACUGCAUAUUCGAUGGACCAUCAACAAGUGUUGAUUGCAUAUCCUUGUGCACUGCUGUAUGGAGUUUUUGCAUUGAUUACAAUUUUUUGAGAAUAAAUGUAAAAAUUUACACAAAAUAAGGAAGAGAAAGCAGAAAAUGAAAACGAAAUAUCAACACCAAUUUAAAUUGAAAUGGCGGCAAAGUGUAAAGAUACAAAAAUAACAACACAUAAAAAAUACGCUGUAUUAAAAUGGAAACAAUGAAACAAAUGAAAAUAACAAUA